UACAUCCUGUUGGCCAUAGCUUGUUUUCCAUCUGAUCUGCAGCUGUUCAUGGUUUAAAACGAUCUUUAUUUUAUCCCCACAGUUUUGUAGAUUUACUCUCAUUUUGCUGUACAUGUCGCCCUGACAGUUCGGGAGAGUUUUACUCUGAAACAUCUGUGGGUUGUUCUGGCGGGCUCCAGAGUUAGACAGUAACCGUUGGCCUGCUGCGAACAGCGAUGACCGCAGACAGAGUUUCUCUUCCUGCGUGUUUCCACAGUUGACUCAAACCGGAGUGUGUGUUUUCAGAAUGGCGAGUGAAACCAACGAAACCAACGCAGUGAAUGGAGAGGAGACUGUUCCCUCUUCCGAGACAAACGAGCAUGACUAUGCUCACGACUCUGCUGACGGUAACCUAACUUCGACGGAGGCGCCCUCCUCAGGUGCACCAGCGGGUAACGAGGGAGUAAGUGCAGAGGAGAGCUUCACGACAGCAGCCGAACCCGAGUCUAGCUCCCUUGGGCAACAUACUCUGCCGAUGGAGCUCCCCGAACCGGCUGUUGGUGCGGAGGUUGACUGCCCCGGUGGAAAUGUUGUGGAGGCGUUUCCUCCAGCGAACACCGAAGAGGUGCCCCAUAAGACAGACCCAUGUCUACUGGCUUCUACCGCACCCCCCUCUAUUCGAGUCGGCCGCAGGAGACCAAAGAGGCCGGAGGACAAGGACUGCUCCGCCUGCCAUUCUGAGUUCGAGCGGCAGGGCCGCAGCUUCAACCGAAGGGCGGUGUACACCUUCUCCACCCCGGAGACUGUGCAGUGGGCAUUUCCGGGUGCCUCUGUGCACGAAAAGUCCUUCGUGUGUGAGACCUGCGCCCAGGUCAUCAGGAGCAGUUGUAAACGCAGGCAGAGUGGGAAGCGGACUCUGUGGGUGAAGCCGCCUCAGACAAAACAGUCAGAGGUGAGGGACAAGAAGAAGAAAGGCCGCAGGAUGGGUAAGAAGAGCAAAGCGGCGCUACUGGUGAGCAAGUCCUGCUACAAGGCUGCCUUCAAAAUGCUCUGGUCUGCCAAAGGUGCCCGGAAGCCAAUGAUGGAUUUCUGGAGCAAACAGCUGAAAGACGAGAUGAAGGCGCUGACACGGCAGACGGAUAAUCCUUUCCAUCAAAAAGUGACGAGCAGGAAGCCACUGUCAUCCUUCCCUUGGCGGCGUUGUCUGAACUGGGCCCAGGAAAAGGCUCCCCUCGUCACCUCCUGCCUGACCUCACUGUUUCCGGACAUCAACAGCCUCUCCAAGAGCAGCAACCAGAUGUCGGAGGAACAGGCCCAGACACUGCUGGAGCGACGGACUGUGGUGGCACUCUCCCUCCCACUCUUCACCAGGAACAUCUGGAAGAACAACUACAUGCAGGCGGCUCUGGGGGCCGAGCUCCGCCUGCAGGGCUGCUCCGGCUCCGCUCUUGAUGCCCUGAACAUGAUGGGACUAUGUCAGAACAAAGACACCGUCAGGUUACUGCUGCACCGGCUCCGAAACGGCAAGAAAUCGCCAACACAGAACGGACGACAGAGGAUAAAGACGAAACUAGAGCAGAUAAAGGGAGAACAUAUGAUGGAUGAGGAGGAGGAAGAUGACAUUGAGGAGGAGGAGGAGGAAGAAGAAGAGGAGGAGAAUGAGGAAGAAGAAGAAGACGACGAGGAAGAUGAUGAUGAUGAUGAUGACGAGGAGGAGGAGGAACAAGAGGAAGAAAUAGAGAUGGCGGUUCAGGAAGUGGAAGUUGAAGAAGUGCAAGUGGGAGUCCAAGAGGAUGAAGAAGAGGAGGAGCAAGCAGUGGAGGAAAAGGUAGAGUUGGAAAAGAAGCGGAGGAAGAAGAAGGCGAAGAAGCAGAGAAAGGAGGAGAAGAGGAAGGAGAGGGGGAAACGUAGGGGGAAAGACAGGGAAAUGGAGGAAGAGUCGGAUGAUGAAGAGUCGGAGCAGAAGAAGAGGAGGGUGGUGGUGGUGAGGCUCGGUUUGCUGAAGGGACACUCAGAAGUCGGACGAUCCGACCUAUCAGCUCCCUGAGACUCUGCAGGCUGCGCCCAAUAACUAAAAAGGCUCCACCUCUAAGCAGAGAGCAGGACAGAAAAGUCCCUCCCUCUCCUCUGGGGGGGUUUUGAAAGGAAUUAUAGGAGGGCCGAAACUAUGGAGAGAAACGAGUGAGAGCUUUACUUUAUAUUGUUAUUUUGAUGUUAAAUCAAUUUAAAGCAUAAAGGAGUUCAUUUGAUCUCAGAAAAGCCCCUGAAAAAAAAAAACUGCUCCACUGAAAAUAAGCAGAGCCCCAGCUGAUUGAUCGCAAGAUAAUCUGCUGCUGGUUUAAUGUCUCGGGUUAGCUGGAUCUGAAAAUCAACAGACUUUCUAAUUAUCAUGGUAGCGAAACUCCAAAACACAAUUCCUCGUUAACAUUUUGCGCUCCUGGUCUCCUAAUUUACUAGAAAAUAAAUGUUUCAUUUUUCAUUUUCAAAUCUUGGAAAGGUUUCUGGACAGAGCUACACAAUUUGGCACUAAAUGUUGGGACAUAUGACGAAUUACUAGGUCCACUGGGUAACAACUGGAAAAACUUACAAGAAGAUUUCAUAAUUUCAGAAGAAACAGCCUCAUAAAAUGAAACCACAAUUCAAAACAAUAAUAGGGCUGCAACUAACAAUUAUUUUUCUAGACCAAUCAUUAUCCUAAACUUAAAUGUCUUGUCCUGCCCUGAAUCCAAAGAUAUUUACUUUGAAAUGAAAUAAAAUAAGGAAGAAUAUCCAUAUUUGAGAUGCUGAAAAAAGCAUGUUUGCCUUGUUUGAAGCACGCUCAGGCUCAUGUUCAUUAGAUCUCACAAUCAAAGAUAGUUGUAUGAUUACAGAGGCUGCCACGAAAGAUUACUUUUUAUUACACAUUUAUUCUGCUGGUGGUUUUCUAGAUUAAUAAUUUUUUGAAGUCCAAGGUUGUUGGAUGUCUUGUUUUGUGAUUUCAAAACCCAAUUUACUUUAAUAUGACAUAAAACAGCAACAGGAAAUCUGACAUAUUUCCUGGAAAAUGUGCUCAAUUGCUGAUCAGAAGAAGGUGGCUAUUAUGUUUCUGUUAUAUUACCAUAAAAACAGCGCUGGCUAACAAAUGGUGUCCGGUUAAUAGAUGAGCACAGAACGACUUAAAAAUGAUGUUAAUAAAAAACAAAGGGUUAGGGUUAGACAUUUGUCAGGAAUUAAAUAACUAACAUUUUCCUUUUACACUUCAUAUUAUAGCCUUUAAUUUUCGCAUAAUUGUAAAGAAAGGACUGUAAUUAGGUUAUAGUUAAAUUAAAAACUGGGGAAUUUCAAAUUAAUUUCCAGGGAAUCGUAAUGAAUUAAGGGACCCGUAAAGUUAAAUAUAUGGUUUUCUGCAGAGUUCCCUGAAUAAUUCCACCUUUAAUGAAAAAGGCGCAGCUGGACUUUUUUCUCCUGGUUAAAAUCUGAUUGAAUUAAAGUUUCUGUAACUCGAGACACUGUUUUAUAGUUUGAUUUUAAACAAAGGGGUUUGGUUUUUGAGUUUCUUAGAGCUUCUAAAAAACAUGUAUUGUUUAUGUUUGAGUUGAAGAGGACUGAUGAAUGUGUUUUCUGACUGUUCAGUGAGUCUGAUGGAGGACUUCUUGUAAGUUUGUUAAUAAAAAAUGAUAAAGGC